UGCGCGCUCCUGGUCGAAACGGAGAAGACUGAGAGAAGUGAAAAAGCGCAAAUAUUUAGCUGUCUGUAAAUUAGUACAUCGUUGAGCAAUAACUAGCUACACAAUGUCUGAAGAAAAGCCAAAGGAAGGAGUGAAAACUGAAAACGACCACAUCAACCUUAAGGUUGCAGGUCAAGAUGGGUCAGUAGUCCAAUUCAAAAUUAAAAGGCACACUCCGCUCAGCAAGCUGAUGAAGGCCUACUGCGAAAGACAGGGUUUGUCAAUUAGACAGAUAAGGUUUAGGUUUGACGGACAGCCGAUUAACGAGACUGACACACCUGCACAGCUUGAGAUGGAAGAUGAGGAUACUAUUGAUGUAUUUCAACAACAGACUGGCGGUUCCUCCCUCUCUGAGGCGCCUCCUCCCUCUCUGAGGCGCCUCCUCCCUCUCUGAGGCGCCUCCUCCCUCUCUGAGGCGCCUCCUCCCUCUCUGAGGCGCCU